AUGAAGUGCGAAGUGACAACUUCCACACAUAAUAAUCUGUUGUGUUUGAAUACAGAUUCACCUCUUUAUUGCUGUGGAUGCAAUAUAUUUAUUUGCAAGAAUCAUUUUGAUUCCGAGUGCCUUAGUAUUGGUCACCAAUGCCUUGACUACAAAGAAAUAGGUCCGAUACAACAGUUCUUAUUACCAGCACACCAACAACUACUCGAAAGUGAUGAUUCAACUCGUCGUGAGGUGAAUGCACUUGAGAAACAGAAGUCUGUAAGUGUUUCACCUGGUGGAGGUAAAGAGGUGUCCUGCACUGAGAAGGGACGUACAAGAAUGGUCAAGAUUGGAGUCAUCGGGCCAUCAGGCGCUGGCAAAAGCAAUUUCAUCCACACAGUAUACAAGAUCCUACGGGAUGAUGGAUGGACAACCUCCGACAGACCACCCAUUGUCAAGAGAUCUCACACAUCAUCACUAUCAACCACAAGCGAUAUCAUAUGUUACGAGUUGGAACUAAGUCACAUGAAUGGAGAUCAUAGAUAUAUUUCUAUUUUCGAUACAGAAGGAACUGAUGGUACCGAUUCGAAUCUACUAUUCAGUACAAUGACACAAGCCGAUCCCAAUAACCCAGAUUGGGCCAAGUCCAUCAAAGAUAGGAAGGUUUUUGUCGAUCAGUGGUUCUCAAAACUUAUUUACCUCGGCAGUAGCGUUGUUGUUGUUGAUUACCUCGAAAAAGCAAGUGAUAACAUUAAAAAGGUUGCCUCAUUUUUCAUGACCUGCCAGUCCUUUUCCUUACCAAAUGUUAAAAUGGAUCCCAAAAGCUAUAUCGACACUAUGAAGGAGGUAACAAAAUGUUUAAUCAGCAAACAACUGGUCGACAUGGACUUGUAUAUUGAACACAAGUUAGCCGAGUUCGUUGGUAUGAUCAAUCAAGACCCACAACGCACCAUCCUUGACCACUUUUCUAUAAUGAAAACAAAACCAACGGCCAUCUUUCAAUACUUUGAAUACUUGGUUCGUUGUCUUGAAAAGGAACAGUCUCUUAGGUUGAAUUUGCACCAGUCAACAGAAAAGCCACAGUGGGUUGAAGUGUACGAACAUGCCCUCGACCAUAUCAAAGAUUGUUUGGACUUUGAGGACCCAAAAAUAAGACAAGAUUUGGUUUGGACUGAUUUCCUUAUUUUCCAAAAGAUUACUUGUUGUGCAAAGAAUCCAGACGACGGUUAUUCCUGCGAACUGUCUCUCCCCCAACAUGGUCGUAGUCACAUUAACUUCAAAACAAGUUGGGAAGGAAAUUUUGAAUUUCCAUAUGGAUUGUUCUACCUCUUAUUCCCAAAAGCCCACUCGUCUGUCCCCCUUGAAACCUUUGUUUCAACCUCGAAGAAGGACUUUGUCGACUACCCAAUUUGUACUCUGGUGUGCGCAUCUUGCAUUUGGAGAAGGCCAAUCGACAUGAGAGCGUGCGGACAUUCUUUUUGCGAUGAUUGUUUCAAGCGCUCAAAAGACUCGGAAUGUUUAAUGUGUAGCUCUUCCAACGAUUGGAUCUAUCAUUCAGUGUCUCCGUUUUACUACAGCAAAAGCAAGGGACUAGUCCCAAAGAAGGAUUUCAAAUUUGUAGAGUCAAUAGAGAUGAGUCUAAGAAAGGAAUGUAAAAAACCGAUCAAAGCCUACCAUUUCUUUGACUACUUUGAGCUCGAAUUUCGAGAAUAUCCUCUCCAUACAAUCUUAUCAAUAGCAUUGGCUUUUGGUCAAACAGAUGGAGUCAUUUCCUAUGUAAAAAAUAAAGUGCCGUGGGAUAUGGGCCACAAAGAUGUGGUCGAUUCACUCAUUAAGAUCAUACCCGACCAACCUUUGUGUAACGCCAAAAAGCCUUUGUUGUUCCUACAAGCUGAUGGUCAUGGUCACAGGCUCUACUUGGAUGGUUUUAAAAACAUUUCUGUUCUUUCAAACAGUCGAGAUGUUGUUCGAGAAUUAUUUACCCAAGAUUUGUUUGACAGAAUUAAAACCAAGAGCGAGGUGAAAACCUUGCUCAGUGGUCAGAUACAACAUCACCAUCCAAUGUCCCUCAUGUUUUACUUUAACAUUGAAGAAAUAUACUUGGAUCAUAUUAAUACUAGCAUAGAGAAUACUCCUAUUAAGGUUUCUUUUGCAAGGUCAAUUCAAUCGGUCGUCAAAAAAUGGUUCAAAAAGAAAAGCAAACAAAAUCAUCGUAAAUUCAAUCACUUAAUCAGUGAUGAUAAUAUUAUUAGCAGUAAUAAUAAUGAUAAUAAUAAUAAUAAUAAUAAUAAUAAUAAUAAUGAUAAUAAUAAUAAUAAUAAUAAUAAUAAUAAUAAUAAUAAUAAUAAUAAUAAUAAUAAUAGCAUUAUUAAUAAUGAUGAAAAUAAUAAUAAUUUGAAAUAUCCCAUUAUUACGAUUAGGAAUCGUAUGAUUACGAAUCCUUAA